ACUCUCUCUUUCCCUGUCACUGAUCUAAGAUCUCCUGUUUCUCUUCUUCUCUCUCACGAGUUCUCACUUCUCAUUUCACACCCUCUCUCUCUCUUUCUCUCUCAUCACUCUUUCUCUCUCUAAACCUCGCCAUUCAUCACCACCUCCCUGUUCCUCAGAGAACAACGAGAUUCAAACAUCAUUGUUUUCUUCGGAUCCGCUCUGGUUUUUGUGUAAAAGUGGUUGGUGUUCUUCAUGUGUGGCUGGUGAGAGCAGCCUGAGAACACAACAACAUUACUGUCACUCACCACCACCACGAUGAACACCGGUGGUCGACUCAUUGCUGGUUCGCACAACAGGAACGAGUUCGUGCUCAUCAAUGCCGACGAAAAUGCAAGGAUUAAGUCUGUCCAAGAAUUGAGCGGACAAAUAUGUCACAUUUGUGGGGACGAGAUAGAGAUUGCAGAGGAUGGGGAGCCCUUUGUUGCUUGCAAUGAGUGUGCUUUUCCUGUUUGUCAACAGUGCUAUAAAUAUGAGAGACUAGAGGGGAAUCAAGCAUGUCCUCAGUGCAAGACCAGAUACAAACGCAUCAAAGGAUGUCCCAGGGUUGAAGGCGAUGAGGAUGAGGAUGAUACUGAUGACCUAGACAAUGAGUUUAGCUAUGCACAUGCUGAUGCUUUGGGUUUGCAACCAACUACAGAUUCAAUGCUUUCUGAUCUCAAUUCUAAUAUAUCUGGCAUCCCCCCAAAUUUGGAGCAUGACACAUCUGAUCUCAAUUCAGAAAUUCCACUCUUGACUUAUGGGGAAGAGGAUCCUGAAAUAUCUUCUUAUCGACAUGCUCUAAUUGUUCCUCCAUACAUGAAUAGUGGAAACAGAGUUCAUUCCGUACCUUCUAGUGUUCAGUCUCUUCCAGUGCAACAAAGGUCAAUGGUUCCAAUGAAAGAUAUUGCUGUGUAUGGGUAUGGAAGUGUGGCUUGGAAAGAUCGGAUGGAAGAAUGGAAGAAAAGGCAGAAGGACAAACUUCAGAUGGUGAACCAUGAAGGGAAAAAAUAUGGUGGGAAUUUUGGUGAUGAGUUGGACGACCCUGAUUUACCGUUGAUGGAUGAAGGCAGGCAGCCACUUUCACGAAAGCUACCUAUCCCUUCCAGCAAGAUAAAUCCAUACAGAAUGAUUAUAAUUCUCCGCCUUGUAGUCCUUGGGCUUUUCUUUCAUUAUAGAAUUCUUCACCCAGUUAAUGAUGCAUUUGGCUUGUGGUUGACAUCGGUCAUCUGUGAAAUAUGGUUUGGUGUAUCAUGGAUAAUGGAUCAAUUUCCAAAAUGGUGCCCUAUUGUGCGAGAAACAUACCUUGAUCGUCUGUCACUGAGGUAUGAAAAAGAAGGGAAGCCAUCUGAGUUGUCCUGUGUGGACAUCUUUGUCAGUACAGUUGAUCCCAUGAAAGAACCACCACUGAUAACUGCAAAUACUGUUCUAUCUAUCCUUGCAGUUGACUAUCCAAUUGAUAAAGUUGCAUGCUAUGUCUCAGAUGAUGGUGCUGCCAUGCUUACUUUUGAGGCACUUUCUGAGACAUCUGAAUUUGCCAGAAGAUGGGUGCCAUUUUGUAAAAAAUACAAUAUUGAGCCCCGAGCUCCAGAAUGGUAUUUCAAUCAGAAGAUUGAUUAUCUGAAAAAUAAAGUUCAUCCAGCUUUUGUCAGGGAAAGGAGAGCAAUGAAGAGAGAUUAUGAAGAAUUUAAGGUUAGGAUAAACAGUUUGGUGGCAACUGCACAGAAGGUUCCUGAGGAUGGGUGGACAAUGCAGGAUGGGACUCCGUGGCCUGGAAAUAAUGUGAGGGACCAUCCUGGCAUGAUUCAGGUAUUUCUUGGUCAGGAUGGUGUUCGUGAUAUUGAAGGACAUGAGUUGCCUCGCCUAGUUUAUGUUUCUAGAGAAAAGCGGCCAGGCUUUGAUCAUCACAAAAAGGCUGGGGCAAUGAAUUCUCUGGUACGAGUGUCUGCAGUCAUCUCAAACGCGCCUUAUGUUCUGAAUGUUGAUUGUGAUCACUACAUAAACAAUAGCAAGGCACUUAGAGAAGCCAUGUGUUUCAUGAUGGACCCUCAAGGUGGAAAAAAUAUUUGCUAUGUACAAUUUCCUCAAAGAUUUGAUGGGAUUGACCGGCAUGAUAGAUAUUCAAACAGGAAUGUUGUAUUUUUUGAUAUCAACAUGAAAGGACUGGAUGGACUACAAGGACCAAUUUAUGUUGGAACAGGAUGUGUUUUCAGAAGGCAAGCGCUUUAUGGACGUGAUGCACCUGCCAAGAAGAAGCCCCCAAGUAAAACCUGUAAUUGUUGGCCGAAAUGGUGCUGCCUAUGCUGUGGCUCUCGUAAGAAAAAGAAUGCGAAUACCAAGAAGGAGAAAAAGAAGUUGAAGCCCAGGGAAUCAUCAAGGCAGAUACAUGCACUUGAAAAUAUUGAGGAGGGGUUGCAAGGAUCUAAUGCGGAGAAGUCAUCCUAUUUGACUCAAAUAAAGUUGGAGAAGAGGUUUGGGCAGUCUCCAGUGUUUGUUGCCUCCACUAAUUUAGAAGAUGGUGGAAUUCCACCUGAUGCGAGUCCUGCAUCACUCUUAAAAGAAGCGAUCCAAGUCAUCAGCUGUGGUUAUGAAGAUAAAACGGAGUGGGGCAAAGAAGUUGGGUGGAUUUAUGGUUCUGUGACAGAAGAUAUCUUGACUGGAUUUAAAAUGCAUUGCCAUGGUUGGCGGUCUGUGUAUUGCAUCCCUAAGCGGCCUGCAUUCAAGGGGUCAGCACCUAUCAAUCUUUCAGAUCGUCUGCACCAGGUUCUUCGGUGGGCCCUUGGAUCCGUUGAGAUUUUUUUGAGCAAGCAUUGUCCGAUCUGGUAUGGCUAUGGUGGCGGGUUGAAGUGGUUGGAACGGUUUUCAUACAUAAACUCUGUUAUAUAUCCUUGGACUUCCAUCCCAUUGCUUGUUUACUGUACUCUACCAGCUAUAUGUCUUCUGACAGGAAAAUUUAUUGUACCUGAGAUCAGCAACUAUGCAAGUCUUGUUUUCAUUGCCCUCUUCAUAUCUAUUGCAGCAACUGGUAUCCUUGAGAUGCAAUGGGGUGGUGUCGGUAUAGAUGAUUGGUGGAGGAAUGAACAGUUUUGGGUGAUUGGAGGUGUUUCUUCACACCUUUUUGCCCUCUUUCAAGGUCUGCUGAAGGUGUUGGCUGGUGUUGACACAAAUUUCACUGUGACCUCUAAAGCAGCAGAUGAUGGAGCAUUCUCGGAGCUCUAUAUCUUCAAGUGGACAUCACUAUUAAUUGCUCCAACUACUUUAUUAAUAAUAAAUAUUGUUGGGGUUGUGGUUGGGAUCUCGGAUGCCAUCAACAAUGGUUAUGACUCAUGGGGCCCUCUCUUUGGAAGAUUGUUCUUUGCUUUGUGGGUCAUCAUUCAUCUUUAUCCGUUCCUCAAGGGGUUGCUUGGCAAACAAGAUAGAAUGCCCACUAUCGUUUUGGUUUGGUCAAUCCUAUUAGCAUCCAUAUUGACUCUCAUGUGGGUUAGAAUCAACCCAUUUGUCUCAAGAGAUGGCCCUGUGUUAGAAAUUUGUGGAUUGAAUUGUGAUGAGUCAUGAAUUAUAAAGUGAAAGAGCUGCAUUGUGGAAGAAGCAAAUUCUUUUGGAUAUGGCACUCUAUGCAAUGUUGCACAAAUUUUUUGAUGAAAGUUUUUUUUUUGGGAUGUGUAGAUAAAGAAUGAGAGAAAGAGAGUGGGGAUGUGGUGGACAAAUUGUUCCUUGUAAUAGGGGUUUUCAUUUAUUCUUUCAUUACAUUUCUAGAGUCCAAGUGUUAUUCUUUUUCAUGUUUUAUGUAUUCUUGUAAGAAGCAUUGGAUGAUAAGUUAUUCCCUCUUCAAAAUGAGGGAUCUGCAGUGUAUUAAGGAUUAGUUUUAAGGUCUUAAGGUUUUGUUCUAGCUUAAAACUUUGAACAUGGGCAUGUAACUUCCUGAUCAUUGAAAUCAACAAUUAUGGAUAGAUGUUCUUGUU